CAGCCUGGGGUCUCAGCGAAGGACGGGGGGGAGGCGCGGGGCCGGUGUCCAGGUGCGGCCCCGGGGGCUCCGGUUACGGCACCCCCUUUCUUCGGGCGCGCGCCCUCCACCCGCGGGAGCGGGGCCGUGGGGGCGGCCGCCCAGAGCAUGCGCACGGGUCUCGCAGCGCGCGGGCGCGGAAUCGGGGCGCUGGGACGCGGGGCGGCGCGAAGCGGGGCCCUCUGCCGCCCCGCGCGCCCAUGUACGCCUUCUACUCGCUGCUAAUCUACAUCUUCUACAGCCUUUUCCGUAGGGAUGGCGGGGCUGCGGCGGCCGGCGACCCCGAGGACCCCGCCCAGAGUGCGGGCUGCAAGCGCGGGGGUCGCCGCCGCCCCGACCAGCCCACGGCGGAGCUGUGGACCGAGCUGACAGGCCUGGUCGGCCUCCCUGGGUGCUCCGAAUCUGAGGAUGGGCCGGAAGAGGGAGCCGAAGGCCGCGCUACGGAGGUCUCCCUGGAAGAGGCUCUCGUGCGUCUUGCUGAGUUCCUCUCUGUCCAGCUGGGGGCGGAAGAGAGCUCCGGGAGUCCUCCUGACCUGACCAAGCCAAGCGAUGUCCCCCCACUGUUGACGGUGACUGGUCAGCUUUUGGCCCUCCUGGCAUGGAUUCGGAGCCCCAGGGGAAGGCAGGCCCUGUCCCAGGGGACUCAGCCGGCGUUGGAGGGGCAGUGCCCCACUGCCGUGGGAUCCCCAUCUCAAGAAGAAAGCCCUUCCCUUUCACCAAGGGAUGAGGCCCAAGGGCAGAACCCUCCCCAGCUGGAGGAGGACCGGAGGGCUUGGCAGGGGCUGGAGCAGCUCAUCCUGGGGCAGCUGGAAGAGCUGAAGCAGCAGCUGGAACUGCAGGAGGAGGAGCUGGGCCGCCUGCGCCUGGGAGUGGGUUUCUCUCUCCGCCAGGGGGCGACAGACUCAGAGAAAAGGGUUCAGCAUCUGACCCUGGAGAACGAGGCUCUGAAGCAGAGCCUGAGCCUCACGCGGGACCUCCUGCUGCACUGGGGCCCCGCGCCCUCCACCAGGGCCCCCCAGGAGGAGGCAGAGGCAUUGGUGGAGCUCCAGGGUCGGCUUCAGGAAGCCCAGGACACCACAGAAGCUCUUCAAGUCCAGCUGGGGGUGCAGGAGGUGCAGCUGCAGGGCCUUCGGGGGGCCCUUCGGCAGCUCCAGCAGGAGACAGAGCAGAACUGUCGAAGGGAGCUGCAGCAGAUGCACGGGCAGCUGGCAGGACUCCGGGCACGGAUGGCUAGCCUGCGCCAGGGCUGUGGGGACCUCCGAGGACUGGUCAGCACAUUUACCCAGAGCUGCCAGUGUUCGCUCAGUGAAGCCCGGGGUCAGGUAUCCUGGGCCCUGGGAGCACUGUCAGCUGGCAGGGGUGGGACUCAGCUCCCUGAGGAGCAGCGGGGGCCCCCAACUGGAUGCCCGGGGCGGCUGCUGGAGCUCAAGGGAAAUAUCCGUGUGCUGUGUCGGUUGAGGCCAGGGACACCCUCCAGCCUGGUGAGCUCGGAGCCUGGCCCCAGUGGCACUGUCACCACCUGCUAUCGAGGGCGCCAGCGUCGCUUCCGCCUGGACUGGGUCUUCUCUCCAGACGCCAGCCAGGAGGAGGUCUUCAGGGAGCUGGAACCAGCUGUGCUGUCCUGCCUCCAUGGCUACAGUGUGUGCAUUUUCACCUACGGUCAGACGGGGACAGGCAAGACCUACAGUAUGGAGGGCCCACCUGAGGACCCUGGCAUAGCUCCUAGGGCACUGCAGUCGCUGUUCCAGGAGAUGGGGACCGGAGGGCAACAUCGUGUGACUCUCAGCAUGGUGGAGAUCUACAAUGAGGCCGUCAGGGAUCUCCUAGCCCCAGGGCCUCCUGAGCGGCUGGCCGUGAGGCAGGGCCCAGCAGGCCAGGGGGGCAUUCAGGUGGCUGGCCUCACCUACUGGGAUGUGCCCAAUCUGGAGACGCUGCACCAGAUGCUGAGCCUGGGGAGGAGCAACCGGGCCACUGCCGCCACCACCAAGAACCGGCACAGCUCUCGGUCGCAUGCCUUGGUCACGCUGACCUUGCGCGCGGCAUCCCCACCGCGCGGGCCAGGCACCGCAGGCACCCUGCAUCUGGUGGACCUGGCGGGAUCCGAGCGUGCCUGGAAGGCGGGGGCAGCCGGCCCGUUGCGGGGAGACCGAGACAGCGCCCAGCGUCUGCGGGAGGCCCGGACCAUCAAUCGCUCGCUGCUGGCCCUGGGGGGCGUGAUGGCCGCGCUGCGGGCCCGCCGGCCACACGUGCCCUUCCGCGACUCGCAGCUCACGCGCCUGCUGCAGCCGGCGCUGGGACCCGGCGCCACCGCGGUGCUGCUGCUGCAGAUCUCCACGCGGCCCGAGGACCUGGGUGAGACCGUGUGCUCGCUGAAGUUCGCCGAGCGCGUGGGCCGAGUGGAGCUGGGGCCCGCCCGACGCUGCAGGGCCCCGCGCUCUGGGACGCCGUCCUCCCUCAGCACCGACACGCCCCUCACCGGGACCCCCUGCACGCCCACGCCAUCCCCCGGCAGCCCUCCGAGUCCCGGCGCGGAGAGCGACUCCGGCUCGGCUCUGGGGACCCAAAAGAACGUGUCCUCCUAGCCUGGACUCGCGCCUCUGCCGGCAGAGCUCCUACACCCUCAAAACCUCCUUGAUCUCUGGGAGCCCCCCCCCCCCCCAGUUGGUUCCCUUACCCCAUGAGUGAGGAGUACUUAGCGCAGCGACAGGACUGAC